CCAUGGCGGAGGGCUGGGAGGAGAUCCGCCGCUUGGCCGCGGACUUUCAGCGCGCGCAGUUCGCCGAGGCCGCGCACAGGCUGUCCGAACGGAACUGCAUCGAGAUUGUUGCUAAAUUGGUUGCUGAGAAGCAGUUAGAAGUGGUUCACACCCUCGAUGGAAAACAGUACGUGACCCCAGCUCAGAUUAGCCGAGAGAUGAGAGAUGAGCUUCACGUGCGUGGGGGUCGAGUUAACAUUGUUGACCUACAGCAGAUAAUCAACGUGGACCUGAGUCAUAUUGAAAACAGAAUUGGUGACAUCAUUAAGUCAGAAAAAACCGUUCAGCUGGUGUUGGGCCAACUCAUAGAUGCGACCUAUCUGGACCAACUGGCAGAAGAAGUCAACGACAAGUUGCAGGAAACGGGCCAGGUGACCAUCUCCGAGCUCUGUAAAACCUACGAUCUCCCCGGAAACUUCCUGACAGAGGCGAUCUCCCAGCGUCUAGGGAGAAUUAUCAAUGGACAAAUCGACCUCGAUAACCGCGGGGUGAUUUUCACCCAGGCUUUUGUGGCUCGACACAAGGCACGGAUCCGUGGGCUCUUCAGCGCGGUUACCCGGCCUACACCAAUAAAUCCUCUGAUUACCCGUUAUGGAUUCCAGGAGCAUUUGCUGUACUCCGUCCUGGAAGAGCUGGUGGCCGGCGGCCGGCUGAAAGGAGCGGUGGUCGGAGGGCGGAGGGACACGGCCUUGUUCGUGCCCGACAUCUAUUCCAGAACACAGAGCAACUGGGUGGACUCCUUUUUCAAGCAAAACGGCUACUUAGAAUUCGAUGCCCUGUCCAGGCUGGGCAUCCCGGACUCGGUGAACUACAUAAAGAAACGGUUCAAGGCGGCGAAGCUCCUGUUUCUGAAGGCGGCCUGCGUGGGGCAGGGCCUCGUGGACCAGGUCGAAGCUUCCGUGGAAGAGGCCAUCAGCUCUGGAACGUGGGUGGAUAUCGCGCCUCUGCUGCCCAGCUCCCUCUCCGAGGAGGACGUCGGGAUGUUACUUCAGCAAGUGAUGAGAAGCUUCAGCAAACACCCUGCGGGACGGGUCUGUAGCAACACGAUUGUGGUCAGUGAGAAGUUCCUAAGUAGCUGUUUGGGACUGUUCGACGAGCUGAUGCACCAGAAAGCUGAAAAGGAAAUGAAGAGCAGUCCUGUUCGUCUCAUCACCGAAGAAGAUCUGAAGCACGGGCCUAGCUUGGAGGGUAGCACCGGCAAUAAAAAGGACAAGAAAGAUGAACGGAGGAGGAAAGCAACAGAGGGAAGUGGGAGUGUCAGAGGAGGUGGUGGUGGAAAUGCCAGAGAGUUCAAGGUCAAGAGAAACAAGAAGAAAGGAAGAAAAGACGAGGAUAACGACGAGGAGUCACAGUCAGUUUACACGGGAAGGAGCAGGCAGUCGGAAACAACGUUCAUGUCCCUGGAAGAGAUCGAGGAUGUUUUGGGGCGCCAUGUAGAGGACUGCCCCGAGGAGCUCCUCACAGAACUCGCCGAACACUUAAUAAGACCCUUAAAUAAGAGCUACCUGGAAGUGGUGAGAUCAGUAUUUCUGUCUUCAGCUUCUUCUGCUUCUGGAGCCAGUAGAAAACGGACGAUCAAAGACCUGCAAGAAGAGGUUUCAAACCUCUACAGCAAUAUUAGAUUAUUUGAAAAAGGAAUAAAGCACUUUACGGAUGACACUCAAACCAGCCUUUCCAAACACUUGCUGAAAACAGUGUGUACGGAUAUCACCAACCUGAUUUUCAAUUUCUUAGCUGCCGAUUUAAUGAUGGCAGUGGAAGACACCUCCGCCAUAACGAGUGAGGUGAGAAAAAGGAUUUUAAGCAAAUUGCCAGAGGAAAUCAAAGGCCCUCUGACCAAGCUCCAUAAUUCUCUCAAUGAAAGGAGCUUGGAAGACUUCCUUUCUUGUCUGGAUUCCGCGGCAGAUGCUUGUGAUGUAAUGGUGAAAAAGGGAGACAAAAAGAAGGAAAGGCAGGUGCUGUUUCAACACAGACAAGCCUUAAUGGAGCAGCUAAGAGUUUCAGAAGACCCCGCUCUUAUUCUGCACCUAACAUCCGUCCUGCUGUUUCAGUUCUCCACCCACUGCAUGCUUCACGCACCUGGAAGAUGCGUCCCCCAGAUCAUCAGUUUCCUCAGCAGUAAGAUCCCCGAGGAUCAACACUCUCUGCUGGUCCACUACCACGGGCUGGUGGUGAAGCAGUUGGUCAGUCAGAAUAAGAAGGCCGGGCCGGACGGCGCCCCGCCAAAUUCCCAGGAGGAGAGAGAGCAGGAAGAGACCUCCAGCGCCGUGCGGAAGGAGCUCCAGGAAACCUCGACAGCUGUCAAGGACCUGGUCCUCAAACCAAGGAAGUCUUCGGUCACAGAAGAGUAAAGCAUCUCAUAGAAUUUAAACUUUGCUAACGAGUCUGGGGGGAAGAGGAACAAAGAUAAAGGUGACUUCAAAAGAAACCAAAAAAAAUCAUUUAUUUACGGUUACUUUAAAGCCGGUUCUUGUCAAAAUGAAUUCGUCAACUCUCGCAGGCCGUCUCUUGGUUCUGGCAUUUAAAAGCUGAUGGCGUUAUUCAGAGUUUGGGUUUUCUGGACCUGGGUUUCUUUUCCAGCUUCCUUUUUCUUUGAAAUAAAAACAAUUCGGAAUCCAAAAGUUUAUCAUUUUCCCGUCAGUUGCUGACUGGCUGGCCCUUCUUGUUUUUUGUUCCCGGUAAAGUAACUCUGCUGUAUUAAUUGUAUUAAAUAUACAAUUUUCCUAUAACUUAAUCAUAAGAACAUAAAAUGGGUGGUGUGUCUUUGAUACAGAAAUUUUUCAAAACAUGUAUUUUGGGUAAGAAAUAAGAUUUUCCCGUGCCCCUGACAGUGCCUCUUAUUUGGGAAUAAUAAAAAAAAAAAUGCCUUCCAA